ACAAGUUGAAUUACUUUUUAUUUUAGUAAAUCUGUAAACAAGUUUUGUUGCACAAAUUUAUUUUUUUUUUCAACGAUAUUUAAUAAAACAUAGAAAACAAAAGUGUAGUGUGAUAUUUAUGACAAACCAAUUAGAUUUUCAUUUUUAUGUUGAUUUAAUGUUUGUACAUCCUAACCUCGCUUCCUAUUAAAAAAUAAUUAUUAUCGGUACAAUGGCAAAUAUAACUUCAAUGUUGUCAAUAGGACAAUGUAAUGACAUUUGUCCUGAAGAUAUUGCCAACAGUUGUACAAAUGUAACUGCUUCUAAUAUUCAAAGCAACUACAAUGGUACAAAAAGUUUGGAAGAUUUACAAUGCUUUGUAUGCGAUGCAAAAAUUCAGGGGCGUCAUUAUACAUUAGCUACAUGUAGGACGCAAACAUCGAGAACUAAAGUGAUAGAAAAACUGGGCGAAUUGGUUGGGGAGAGGUAUAUGGUAGUGAUAUCAGAAGAUGAUGUAAUUUGCAGAAGUUGCGCUAAUCUUGUUAAUACGCUUGAUAGACUUGAAGUUGAAAUAUAUAAUGUACGUGAUAACGUUUUAAGAUUUUUGGAACAAAAAUACUCUUUAGAAGAAGGAGAACUUCUUGGCAAUAAUGAGAAACACAAACGUUCUCAACCACCACAGAUCACAAAGUGUAACAAUCAGCUUGUAACUAAUUGUCAGGGUAAAGUCGAAGACGUUAUUGUAUCCUCAAACGUUGAUAAGACCAAACAUAAGAAAAGUAAUAUUUGGUUGCAAUGUGAUAAAUGUCAGUAUACGACUCUUCACAAUUCAUUUAUGGUGCAUCAUGUCAGGAACCACAUUAAACAGAAAAUAUUUUGUGAUAAAUGUGGUAUACAGUUUUCGGAAAAGGAACAAAAAUUGCAUAGCUGUAACUUGAAAGAGCACUUAAAUGAUAAAAACACAGUUCAGAAUGAAACAGAAUCAUCAUUAAAACAUAUUACUGAAAAUAUAUUGGAUAUUCCAAUCUUAGAAAAGAACAUGCAGCCAAAUGUUCCAAUUAUGGCCAUUGAAACAUAUGCAGAGUCUCAAAUUCCAAAUUGUAAUGAAAAUAUACCUAUAAUAAGAUUAUCAAAUGCAGAAAAUUUACCAAUACAAAAUAUCUUAAGUUCUGAAUGUUCGGAGAAAAGAACUCAAGACAUCAACAAAAUAUCUGAAUUGCAACAAGAAAUUGAAAGUUUAAAAUCUGAAAUAGAUGCAACAAAAUUACAACAGAAGAUAGUAGAUAAAAAGAUUGCAAAUGCAAUUAUUCAGGAAGAGGAACUAAAGACAGAAGUUGAUGACGCGAAAUCAAAAAGAGAUAACUUAUCUCUCGAAUUGGUUGAUUUACAACAAGAAUCAGAAAAAAGGAAAGAAGAGAAAAUAUUAGCUUGGAACAACCUUAAACGUGCCUGUAAACCGUAUAAGGAAUACUUAAAUUUACGUAUACGCUUAAAUGACAAUAAAACACCUGAAAGAAUAGAGAUUUCUUUCUUUAUAAAUGAUGCUGCUCUGGAAGAUAAAUAUUAUGUAUACUUGAUUCAUUCCGAUAAUCAAUGGAAAGUGGAACAAAUUCAACCAAUUCUAAAAAUGGAACAUUUGAUUGACUUCAAAGGAAUUAUUGAUUUUUCUAAAGAAUCAGAAGUUUCUGAUGUCACUACAUUUCUUUGUAAACUUAGACAUAUUUUCAUUAAGUAUUAUUUAAAUACAGAACAAUGACACGAAAUUGUUAAACUAUUUCUUAAAAUGUUUUUACUAAAACCCAAUAAUUAGGAAAACAUGUGUGUAUUUUUAUGAUAUGAAGUUGCUUAUUUUAAGAUUAAAGCCUUUAUUAAUAAAAAUUAAUAUCUUAAGUUAUUUUGUUACAUGUACAAGACUUUUAAUGCUAAACAUUGCAAACUUAACAUUGGCAUAAACUUAUUAAAAUAUGUUCGUCAUUAGUACAGUAACUUUUUGAUGUCAUAUAUAUCAUGUUGCAUGUUUUAACAUAUUGCUUUUGCUUACAGUUUUAUUGAAAACACUAAACUGCUAAUCACAGUAGAUAAAUUAUUUAGAUAGUAGAACUAUAAACAAGUCUCUAUUCGAUUUCUAUCUAUAUAUGGCACCUACAAAGAGACAUACAUAUUAUAACUAUGUUUGUUCAGCGAACGUGCGAGAAUAAACUUUGCGUAAGAUAAGAGAAAUGGUAAAUUUGCUUUGAACCAUUAAGUUUGCUAAAUUUUAAAUACGUAUUUGUUUAUUUAUCGAACAAAUGUUAUAAAUAUUAUCUGAUAUUCCAUUAUUUUCGUACUGCUUGCAACGUCUACAAUUCAUUUGUUCAAAAACUAGUAGCGAUAAGUUAUCUCGUUUGUUAGUCCUAGCUAAUAAAGCUAGCAGUCGUUAUUAAUAAUAGAUAAGCUACUAACAGCAUUUUGUACCAAAUUACGUCCGUGUAAAGAAAGAAACAAUUUUAAUGGUGCUAUAUCGUUGAAAAAAAUUUUGAAAAUGUAACUUCUCGUUAAUCGUUUAUUUAAAAAUACAAUUACGUAUCGAUUCGGCGAAUUGUAUCAAAAUUAUUGUGAUUAUCACUCUAACGUGAUAAAACUUUUUCACUGGAUUCUUUUAUACGGCAUAGCGAGUUCAUCAGUGUUCGUGUUACAUUAAUUUGGAUAUUAACUAGUUGACAUAUUCGGUCCUUGUCAGGGGUCAAAUUAGUUUUGCAUAUGAUUCACAUGAUAUCAUCACUUUAUUACAUACUAGUAAUGGGCAGAUCUAGUCGAAGAACUUACGGGCAUUAACGUUGUACUAUGCAUGCAAUAAGAUGUGAGACUCAGUCAGCGAUAUCGAAUGCUGUUUCAAGUUUCCAGAUUUUUAAAUUUAGAAAUUUGAGGGGUUCAAAAUUUAAAAACCUAAAAAUAUAUAAAGAUGAAAGUGUAGAGAAGAAUUUAUGAAUAUAGGAGUUUAAACUUUUUCAAAUUUAAAAAUGUGGAACUUUGUAAUCUUCAUGGUUUUCUAACACUUCGAUGUACAUUUGAUUCAGCCAUCAUUACUUUAUACAAAGAAAAAAUCUCAAACGAAAUCGGCCAGUGAAAUCUUGAAAUAAUUGUUGACGCACAUCAUCAUACAAUACAUGUAUGAUGUAGUGAAGCGAUGUAGCUACGUACGAAAUAUUCGCGAACCUACUCGUACACGAAAAGGGCCAAUUGAUUAUGUAUGCGUAGAAGCACGUUGAUAACAAUUCAUCCCUAUUGGCACAAGUUAACGAGAGGGUCAAUUGAUCGCCCACUGCCAAUCAGCUCAUAUCGCGUACACAAUGUAAGUUAACAGAUUUCACUUACACUAUUGACCCGACCGAUUGUUCAUUUACUAGAUCAUUCAAGAAUUUAAUUAAAGAUCGAAAUGUCGAUGGUAUUAUAAAAUGCUAGCCGUAUACAUGUUACCGUAAUCGAUUGGUUUCGAUACAAUUAAUGGUCAAUUUCCACAUUCGGUUUUCUUUUUGGAUGUAAAAAUAAAACUCGAAUAACAUAGCAUGUAUUUGAACAGGAUUUAUACGUAUCAUCUUAACUGUACAUGAUCAUACUUGUACGCUAGAUUUUGGUGAUAUCAUUAGAUACUGUUAACGAACAAUCUAAUGGCGAAAAUUCAACGAACGACGAUACACAAUACACCGCCUAAGCGUUACAAAUAAUACUUUGAAGCACGAAUGAUUAACGUUCACUUCGAGUUAGAUUAAAGGCGAAUAAUGUUAAUCGAUUUCGAAUACCCCGAUCACUCUUACCACAUAGAGUAUCGUUGUCCGAUAUUAACAGAAGAAGUUAGGCGGAAGUCCCGAAUGAUACAUGCGAAAGGACAAACUAAAAUAAAGAUAAAGAAAGGGACGUAAACGUGAACAGGGCGCAUGGCGUUCAACCCCUCUGACCCGUUUGAUCAAAAUUUUCUUACGUAUCGGUUGUUAGAACUUCCAAAAUAUUUACAAAAUUGGAAGACAAUCGGGAAAAUUUCGGGUCUGACGGGUUAAAAAUUAGCGGGAUUAAUGACUAUUUACAGCGUAACGAUGUCACCUAUUGUAAGACAGAAACUGUAGUAAAUUGUUCCUGGAUCUCGACUUGCGAGAGGACACUUUUCGCUUUCGUUCAGCUCGCGAGUAACGUUUUCUUUUGGACGCGAAUUUUUUUUCAGUUCAUUAUCGCAAUGGUGAGCAGAUCUAGUGCCCCUCGAAGAGCUCACGGGCUACUGGCGCGCACGGAACGCAAUGGUGGUGGAGAUCCGUGGAUGGAUUUUCAAGUUUGAAAAUUUGACUUUGAGAAUUCGGAAGUUGGCAGAUUUAAAAAUGUAGAGAUUGAGAAAUAUAGGAAUUUAGAGUCUACAAAUGUUCAACUUUCCAAAUUUUCAAAUUAUAUAACUAGUAUUGACAAAUGUCCACCACUUGCACGUUCGUGCACGACAUCCUGGAGGGCGCAGUAUCCAAUCGCUUUAUCACUCUAUCUUUACGCGCCGUAUCGUUCCUCUCGCGAUAGAAAGAACCAUACUCUCACGUUACGUGAUCUCGAAGCUCGAUAAAUAAAUAUCAAUCUCGCAUUA